AUGCAGACGACACGCAUCAGCCCAAACAGCAUUAGUUACAAGGCUGCCAUUGGGGCCUGCGGCCGUGCUGAAAACUGGCAAGUGGCAAUGCAUCUCUUCCGGGAAAUGCCGAGGGCUGCCAUUACUCCGAAUGUGAUUAUUUACAACACCACCAUCACUGCUGCUGAGAAGGCCGGGGUAUGGCCAUGGGCACUGGCACUUUUCCAUGAGAUCAAUGCCGUCAACCUGCAGCCCAACAUCAUCAGCUACAGCGCCACAAUCAGCGGUCAGUGGCAGAUGGUAUGCCAGAUUUUCGAUCAGAUUUGCGAAGCCAACUUUUCUCCAGAUGUUUAUACGUACAAUGCAGCCAUAGGUGCAUGCACGCGAAGCGGGGAGUGGCAGCUUGCCCUCCACUUCUUUGCACGCAGCACGGACCUGAAUUCGGCCAGCGUGAAUGCUGUGCUCACUGCAGCUGGGGAACGAGAUGCAGGCAUGAGAACAUCCGAGAAGGAGCACCAGAUUUACCCUAGGCUGCUGGCAAAGGCCGUGGACAUUCUGGAUCUCCACGAUUGUAACUCCGAGGCGGCGACGCUGGCAGUUCGAUGGUGGCUCUCACAGGUGGUCCUUCCGAUUCUCUUGAACUACGGAGACCGCAACUUCAUCCUCGUCACGGGCUGGGGGCGGCCUGGCUGA